AUGCUGCGGCGGACGUCCAUCUUCAUCGACGGCGGGGUGGAACUGUACCAGGAUAGCCACACGCGUUGGCUCGGGGCCAACCGCUACAUCUACGAGUUCGACAUGUCCCGGUCGUGGGACUCGUCGACCAACUUCACCGAGUCGCGCAUCGGGCGGUACUCUGCGUCGUCGAGCGCCAGCAACCCGCCCAACAUGGUGCGCGGCGGCCUCUUCGCCGCCAUGACGGUGACGAACCACCUCUUCACCUUCGGCGGCACCACCUUCCUCGCCAACGACUCGGACCCGGACUGGGCGCCGCCGAGCCGCGACCCCACCACGCUGUGGAGCUUCGACACGGAGCUGCGCAACUGGCAGAGCGUCGACGUCUCGGCCGCCGUGCCCUGGCGGCCCAACUGGGGCGCCCAGGCCGAGGACGUCGCCCACAGCGUCGGCUUCUUCCUCAACGGCAUCUUCGACCGCGGCAGCUCCUACGGCCUGUACUCGAGCGUCGAGUACACCGGGGGCCAGGUCACCAACGCCACCUUCGAUCAGAUCAGCUACCUGGGCGGCCUCGUCAUGAUCGAUCUGCAGACGAGGGAGACGCGGAACCUCUCCACCGCCGACUUGGGGCAGCCGAGGGUCGCGGGCGGGUUGGUGCAUGCGCCCGGUUUCGGGAAGACGGAGAAUGGGACGCUGGUGGCGUUUGGGGGGAUGAGAAGUUCGGGGAACGGGGGUGAUGAUGGCGAUACUUUUACGAAUGGGGAUCUGAUUGACUUCAGCACCGUCAGUCUCUGCGACAGUUUCUGGGAUGAGAACGUUACUUGGGUCAAUCAGACGACGACGGGAGAUAUUCCGCCACCACGAAUGGACUUUUGCACCUGUCCAGGCCAGAAAUCGCCGAGUGACAACUCGAGUUACAACUUCUACAUCCACGGCGGCAUCGACCCGUCCACUGGUAAGAUCUACGACGACGUCCAUGUGCUUUCCUUCCCAAGCUUCACCUGGACCCUCGUCUCCAACGGCUCGUCCACCAACACCUCCUCCCCCGGGUACUUUGGCCACACCUGCAACAGCGCCGGCAAGUACCAAAUGCUCGCGACAGGCGGCGCGCGCGACGCUUCCCUCCUUGGUGUCGAAACCACGGGCGACAUCCCAGACCUCAGCCAGACGACCUGCGACGACGGCGGGAUCGGCAACGGCGGCGCGGGGGUGCGGCUGUUCGACAUGAACGAGGGGACGUGGGGGACGUUUUACGAUGCGGACCAGGCCAAGAAUUUCCUGGUACCGACGGCGGUGGUAAAGAAGAUAGGCGGGAGCCCCACCGGCGCCGCAACCAUGACCACCCCAGCCCACGGCUUCGACUCCCCCGCCAUCUACACCAUGUUCCACCCGCCCCCACCCUCCGCCACCUCUUCCUCUUCCCCCUCCACCCACCACUCCUCCGCCUCCACCCUCUCCCCCGGCGCCAUCGCCGGCAUCGUCGUCGGCUCCCUCGCCGGCUCCUCCCUCCUCGCCGGCCUCGCCCUCUGGUUCUUCUGCUGCCGCGCGUCGCAGCGUCGCCAGCGCCGGCGCCAUCGCCGCGGCGACCUACAGCCCACCCGCGACAACAUGCCCGCCGACGCCGCCGGCGCCGCUCACCACCUCGACGAGAAGUCGCGACAGCCGAUGCUGCAGGAACAACAGCAGCAGCAGCAACAGGGGCAGAUGCGGCCCCCGCUCUCCGAACUGCCCAGCCACACGGCGGAGGUGUUUGAGAAGCCGGCGGACGAGUCGGGGUGGGCGGGUGACCCUGCGGCGACGGGCGGGUGGGGGUGGCAGGGCGGGGGGGACAAGAAGAUGGCGGGGGCGGCCGGGGCGGCGGAUGCGUCGUCGUCGCCGCCGCCGCCGCAGGAGUUGGAUGCGGUGGAGCCGGCGAGGCGGUUGGAGCUGGAUGCUGUGGGGGCGGAGGGGGAGGGGGAGGGGGAGGGGGAGGUGGAGGCGAGGAGGAGGAGGGAGUUGGAUGCGGUGAGGGAGGAGUGGAGGAGGAGGCAGGAGGAGGAGAGGGGGGAGGAGGGGGAGGGGGACAGGGAGGAGGGGGGCGGUGGGUUGAGUCCGGUGGAGGAGGCGGGGAGGCCGGGGAUGCGUCGGGAGUUUAGUAAUGAUAGCGGUGGUGGUCGUGGAGGAGGAGGUGACGAUGGUGGGGCACACAGCUCGGUUGGGGUCAGUCCGAUUGGUAGUGUGGAAAGGAGGCGAGGUAGGGGUUCUGGGGACUAUAGUGACUCUGCGAGUCAACGGCGGCAGCCAGGAGAGACGGUGCAGGUGGGGAGGAAAUCGGCGUUUGCGGAGGAUACGAGAUGA